AUGACUGCGCUUUUUGCGAGCCUUAUGAGUCAAAACUGUGGACAGAUGCGGCUGUGGUUGAUUGUCAACCACGUGGGUUUGGGCAGUACUGUGGCCGCUAUCAUCGGAGGUGAGUUACUUGUGAGUGGCUUCCGGUACCUGUUUGUUGGGAGGAUUGCCUUGAUGGCCUUUAUGAAGUAUGGAAAUCGUGCUUGCAUUGUCCUUUAUUUCUUACUUGCUGAAGUUGACCGAAUGAACUGCCAGGCAGAAAGACAAGAGGGGGAAGAAUUACGACAUCAGUAUGAAGGUUCCAUUCGUCAUGCAUCAUGCUCCGAAAUUCAGGAUGAGGUGAACAUUCGGGAUGAGAUUGGUGAUCAGGUUGAUGAAGUGGACAAAGUGAUCCAAGUUUUGUUGAAGGCUGGCAUGACAUCGGAUGCACUUCGAGAUGCACAUUUGCAGGGAGUCGAACUUCGGCAUGCCGGAUUCGUUCAAUUAGCCAUCCCUGUGCUUGUGCUUGGGCCUUUGUUGAUGCUAGGUUGUUGGCUUGUGUGGCGAUAUGUCUAUUUGCUUCAUGAACUAGGUCAUCCAAUUGCAGGAAUCUAUAACUUUAUGGCAUCCAUGGAAACCGCAUCAAUCCUUGCUAGGCUUGCCUUCUUGUGUUUGCUUUUUAGACGCUCCAUUGAUGAACGGUGCUUCAUGCUGAACGUGAUGGCCAAGAUUGUGACGGUCUUCUAUUUUUGCCUGGUGGAGCUGGGACCUUUGGGGAAUGAAGCUAUGUUUUUUUCUUUGGUGACUUUGUUCCACGUCUCGUUCUUUCUGGUGCUUUUCUUUGCUGCCUUGGGCAUCCGUGGGACAUUGAAGUUACCUGGUGGAAGGCUCUUGGCUCAAUUCUUCUUGUCACGGGUCGUGGGUCCCGUUGAAUGGCCGUUGUCUCGGAGAUCCAUGAGUGAGCUCGUCUCGGCGGAAUGUUUGGAAGAGUCAUCCAGCAGCGAGGUGAUGUCAGAUGCAUCAUCGGAAAGUUCUACUCACAGCUGA